CCGCCGCCGCCGCCGCCGCUGCUGCCGUUGCUGCCGCUGCCGCCGUAGCGCGCGCGCGCACACACACGCACACACGCGCACACUCGCAUACGCGUGCGCACGACCGCCGCCGCCGCGUAGAGACCGCUUCUGACUUUCGUGUGCUACAGUCCAGUGAGUUCCGCAAUAAUCACCACUUACCGCGGUCGUCAUCGUCGUCGUCGUGCACCGCAGCAGUGCACACGCAUAACUACGCUGUGCCUACGUCUUCGUAUCAACACAACGACGUCUCGUCUUGCACCGCGCAUGUGUACCGCGGUAGAAGUCCCGUUUUGUUUAUUCAUUUAAUACAACCGCGCGGUACACGUACAGUAGUGCAGUACAACGGUUCGUCGCCGUCUUACCGUCUCCGCCGUGCUCUGAUCCGCACGGGCCCACUCGCUCGUUCGCGCCCAGUUCACCCAGGCGGCUCUCUCACACACACACACACACACACACACACACACAUAUAUACACACACUUACGUACCAUCGCAGUGUCAUCGGGGAGAUCGGCAGAUUUUUCGUUUUUUUUCUUUCGAUCUUUUCGUACAGGUAUUUUUAUUUUUUCAAUUUCCGCUCCGUCGGAUCUACCGUAAAUAGAAUACCGGCAGAAAAAUCGCUGCCGCCGACAACAACACGUCGUGAACAUAACACACCUAAUAUUGUCGUAAUACAUUCGGUGAACGUUCACGGGAAGCCACAGCCGCCGCUGCGCACCACCACCACCAUCACCACCGCGGUCGCGUCCCCGUACGCGGCAAAGUCCACGGACACGAUCGGCUCGCGGAGCAUCACAGGGACGCUGCGGCCCCGUCGUCAUCAUGUACGCGGUAAUACAGCUCGACUCGGAGAACCACCGGCUCCGGCCCAAAAGGGUCAAAAUGGAGUUCGUGUGCAAGUACUGCAACCGGACGUUCAACAAGCACUAUUCGCUGCUAAUACACGAGCGCAACCAUCUGCCGACGGUCAAUUACCGGUGCGAGAUGUGCUACAAGUCGUUCAAGCGGCAGGACAGCCUGCAGCAACACAGAUCAACUCAUAGUCCAAAUUACAGAGCUGGGUACGCAUUGCAGCUUUGAAAAAAAUUGUGAUAUGCUAAAAUAUUGGCAAACUGUUCUAAUGAAGUAUAUGUAGAUAGACACUAACUAGGUAGUUGUUAAUUUGUAAAACUAAUGAGAUUAGAUUUGAGCAGACUGGUCAAUUUUUACUUUUUGAAUUCAAAAAACUACACAUUUGUAAAGAAUAUUAAACAAAAUGUUUU